AAUUGGUAAACAGCUUUGACCUCAUGGUUCAAAACACACAGCAGGGAGAGGAAGGCGUAUGCAGAGCUCAGCAAAUAUUUUACAAAGAUUGCGGUGUGAACAGAAUCCAUCAUGGCGGGCGACAUGAUCCUGCUGGCACGUGGCUUGGCCAAGCUGAGCCAGGCCAUAGUGGAGGCACAGGCGAGCGCACUACGUAGCUCAGGGGGCCUGGGCAUGGCUGCGAGGAUGGCGCAGGGCUUUAACGAACAGCAGCAGAACAUUUCUGACACUGGGCCACAUGAGGACUCCUGUUACAAUUACACCGGAGCUGAGGAGAAUCGCACUAGUUCUUGGGAAGAGUCUGCUGCAGGCACUGGGCCUGCCCGGCCACCUGGCCACGACUCCAGAAAGUCUGGCAGCAACCUCUUUGAGGGCUACAAGGAUCCAGGCAAGCAGUUCUCUGGACCAGUCCGCUUCUACCAUCAGGACCAUUCAUCAGUGAGCGGUCUCACAGCAGAAGACAUAGAGAAGGCCAGGGAGGCCAAGAGGAGUGAAAUCAAACCCCACAGGCAAAUGCUCAGUGAAAGAUCCCGGGAGCGAAAAGUACCAGUUACACGUUUAGGGAGGCUGGCCAAUUUUGGAGGUUUGGCAGUCGGUCUGGGCAUCGGCGCACUGGCGGAGGUGGCCAAGAAGAGCCUGAGGUCCGAGGAGAGGAAUGGAGACAAGAAGUCCGUCCUGGACUCCAGCCCGUUCUUGUCGGAGGCCAAUGCAGAGCGUAUUGUCCGGACGCUGUGCAAGGUGCGCGGCGCAGCCCUCAAGCUGGGUCAGAUGCUCAGCAUCCAAGACGAUGCCUUCAUCAACCCUCAGCUGGCCAAGAUCUUUGAGCGGGUUCGCCAGAGUGCCGACUUCAUGCCCAUCAAGCAGAUGAUGAAAGCACUGAACAGCGACCUGGGCCCCCACUGGAGGGACAAGCUGGACUUUUUCGAGGAGAGACCGUUUGCUGCUGCCUCCAUCGGUCAGGUGCACCUGGCUAGGAUGAAGGACGGCAGGGAGGUGGCCAUGAAGAUCCAGUACCCUGGAGUGGCACAGAGCAUCAACAGUGACGUCAACAACCUGAUGACUGUCCUCAACAUGAGCAACGCGUUGCCUGAAGGCCUGUUCCCGGAGCACCUGAUCGAGGUGAUGAGUCGGGAGCUCGCCUUGGAGUGCGACUACGUCAGGGAGGCCAAGUGCGCUAAAAAGUUCAAGGAGCUCCUGAAGGACCAUCCCUUUUUCUACGUGCCGGAGGUGAUCGAUGAGCUCAGCAGCCGACACGUUCUCACCACAGAGCUGGUGCCGGGAUUCCCACUGGACAAGGCCGAGAACCUCACCCAGGAGCUCAAGAAUGAGAUCUGCGAGAACAUCCUCAUAUUGUGCUUGAGGGAGCUCUUUGAGUUCAGAUACAUGCAGACCGAUCCCAACUGGUCCAAUUUCUUCUACGACCCACAGACGCACAAGGUUGCCUUGCUGGACUUUGGAGCUACAAGAGGCUUUGACUGGAGCUUCACAGACUUGUACAUCGAGAUCAUCAAGGCCGCCGCAGAUGGGGACAGAGACUGCGUACUGAAGCGAUCGAUAGAAAUGAAGUUUCUAACGGGAUAUGAAUCGAAGGCCAUGGAGAAGGCCCACGUGGAUGCGGUGAUGAUCCUGGGCGAGGCCUUCGCAUCCCACGAGCCCUUCGACUUUGGCUUGCAGAGCACGACGGAGCGCAUCCACAGCCUGAUCCCCGUGAUGUUGAAGCAGCGCCUCACGCCUCCGCCCGAGGAGACCUACUCCCUGCACCGCAAGAUGGGCGGCUCCUUCCUCAUCUGCUCCCGCCUCAACGCCAAGCUGCGCUGCAAGGGCAUGUUCCAGGAGGCCUACGCCAAGUACUGGAGAGAGCGGCAGGAGGGGACAAAUCAGUGACUGUGGACAUUGGGGAAUAGCCAAGGAAACUUUUCCUCUCCCAUGAGUUGAAUGUAAACUAAACUUCGGCCCCAACCCUAUCCUUUCAUAAAACCCUUUAAUUCCGUUCCGUUUCUCUUUUGUACCGAAAUGCGCACAGGGGCCUCUCGCUACCUUCCACUUAACCAUCUAGACAACACAGUUCAUUAGUGUGAUGACAGAUGUCAUCUCCAGGAUUGGUCAGAGAGGAGAUCGGUGUUGUUGGGCCACGUGCCUCUCUGGUCAGCUGAGAUGGAGGUGGUUGU